AUGACGUUUUUCCUGCAACAGAGAAAUGUCGUUAUCGUCGCGUGCACACAAGCCCCCGGAUUUCGUGCAGAACGCAAUCCUCGCAGGAGUGACGCAUCUCGAGGGAAAACACCGCGCUGGCCAGGGGUAACGUGCCUGUGUGCAGUCUCGAAAAUCGUGUUUUUCCCUCAUUUUGGCGGCACAGACAUCGACGUCCCACCCGUACCUCCGCGCCUAAGGCUGUGUGGACGCGGAAAGAAAAAGAAAACUCGGGGCUGGUGCAAAAAAAAAAAAACCCUAUUAACCAUCCUGCACACAUGGCAGGCUUGGAUCUCUUGUGUCGUCGGAAAACCCGAAGGCAAAGACGUAAGAAGGUUAGCGGCCGAAUCUGUUGUGGUGCUUUGCGCCCGCGACAUUUUCUGCCAUGCUUUCUUCCGAAAACCUAGCACCCAUUUUCUCACGCAAUGUCUCCGGAAAAAUCUUUCAAGGCGGGCCGUAGGCUCUGCGUUUCUGUGCAGGAUAUAUGUCGUGUGUCCGGAAAUGGUUGAAUUUAGCUGA